GUGACACAUGGAGGCCUUCACUUCCAAGAAAGGAAUUCCCCCUCCCCGCCGCUAUACAUCUCCCUCCAUCUUUACUCUUCCUUCCAUUGUCUUCAUUAUGACUGCGCUCCUCCACCUUCCGCCUCUAACCACUGCUAACCGCCCAUUUUAACUCCCCUCCUCACCUCAUUACCCACAACAAUGGCUGCCGCUAAGCUCUUCAGGAUCUGCUUCAUCCCCGCUUCGUUUCUCUUGUUCCUGCUCUUCAUCCCCACCCAGCUCUCCCACUACCGCCCCAGCAUCGCCAUUCUCCGCCCCACCGCCUCCGUCUUCGUCCGCCCCAGCUCCGGCGAGUAUCCUGUCACGUUUGCGUACUUGAUCUCCGCUUCCAGAGGCGACGUGCCGAGGCUGCGCCGUCUGGUGCACGCGCUCUACCACCCCGGGAACUACUACCUGAUCCACCUGGACGCCGACGCGCCGCCGUCGGAGCACCGGGAGCUGGCCGGGUUCGUCGCCGGAAACGCCGUGUUCGCCCAAAUCGGGAACGUGUGGGUGGUGGAGAAACCUAGCUUGGUGACCUACAGAGGUCCGACGAUGCUCGCCACCACUCUCCACGCCAUGUCUCUGCUUCUGAGGACUGCGAAAAAUUGGGACUGGUUCAUCAAUCUCAGCGCCUCUGAUUAUCCCCUUGUAACCCAAGAUGAUCUGAUCCAUUCCUUCUCCAAUUUGCCAAGGGAUCUGAACUUCAUACAGCACACCAGCCACCUUGGUUGGAAACUGAAUAAGAGAGGGAAACCAAUUAUAUUAGAUCCAGGGUUGCACAGUGUCAAUAAAUCAGAGAUCUGGUGGGCUAUCAAGCAGAGAACUCUCCCAACUGCUUUCAAGCUCUACACAGGUUCAGCUUGGACCGUUUUGUCAAGAUCCUUUGCCGAGUACUGUGUUGUAGGCUGGGACAACUUGCCGAGGAGGCUUCUCCUCUACUACACCAAUUUCGUGUCAUCUCCCGAGGGCUAUUUCCAAACUGUUGCAUGCAAUUCUGAGGACUACAAGAACACGACAGUGAAUCACGACCUUCACUACAUCACCUGGGACAUCCCUCCAAAGCAACACCCCAGGUCCCUCGGACUAAAAGAUUACAGAAGAAUGAUACAAAGCAACCGGCCAUUUGCCAGGAAGUUCAAGAAAAAUGAUCCCGUCCUUAACAAAAUAGACCGCGAACUUCUCAAGAGGCGCAACGGACAAUUUUCUUUGGGGGGAUGGUGUUCCAAGGGAGAUAGCAAGCGCCAAACAUGCUCGGCUUUGCAGAUUGAGAAAUACGGUGUUGUGCAGCAUGGAACUGGUGCAAGAAGAAUGAAAACUUUGCUAACUAAACUUGUUUCAGGUCAGAAUUCUACCAAGCAGCGAUGUAGAUAAUUUUCACAAUAAAUGACUGUAUACGGAGUAGUUAUUAGGAUGAUUACUUCCCCUUGAUCAAUUAUUUAUCUAUGUUUGUACGGUUGUACCCAAACAUUCUCGGAAAUAAGGUUUAUGAAGAAAAAUAAAACUUGGUAGUUAAAGUAGAUUUCA